CUCUCUACAACUAUAUCUACGCUAAGAAGUAUGGAGGGACCUUCAUCUUACGUAUGGAAGAUACAGACCAGAGCAGACUGGUGCCAGGAGCUGCAGAGUCUAUAGAGGAUAUGUUGGAGUGGGCUGGUAUCCCCCCAGACGAGAGUCCCCGUGGAGGAGGCCAGUACGGUCCCUACCUCCAGUCCCAGAGGCUGUCCCUGUACAGCCAGGCUGCUGACUCCCUGGUCCAGACAGGGAAGGCCUACCACUGCUUCUGCAGCCAGCAGAGACUAGAAUUACUGAAGAGAGAGGCCCUACGCAGCGGACAGACACCACGGUAUGACAACCGGUGCAGACACCUCCGCCCAGACCAGCUAGAGGAGAAGCUGGAUCAGAAGGUCCCCAUGUGAUCAUGUCCCCAUGUGAUCAGGUUCCGACUGGAGUCUGGAGGGGAACCCUUCAACGACCUGGUCUUCGGGUGGAACCGUCAUGAGGUGGCCCAGGUUGAAGGAGACCCUGUCGUGUUGAAAGCUGAUGGUUUCCCCACCUAUCACCUGGCUAACGUAGUAGACGACCACCUGAUGAAGGUCAGCCACGUCCUGAGAGGAUCAGAGUGGCUCAUCUCUACCUCCAAACACCUGCUGCUGUACAGGGCUCUGGGCUGGAAGCCCCCGGUGUUCGGACACCUUCCUCUCCUCCUCAACAGAGAUGGCAGUAAGCUCUCCAAGAGACAAGGAGAUAUCUACAUACAGAGUUUCCAGAGGAGUGGGGCCCUACCUGAAGCACUACUGGAUAUCACCACACACUGUGGAUCUGGCUUCAACAGUAACCGUGUUGGUCGUAAGAUGGAGGAACUGAUCGCAGAGUUCAACCCCUCCAAGAUCACCACCCACUCUGCCCUGCUAGACCUGGACAAACUACCUGAGUUUAACAGGAUCCACCUGCAGCAGCGUAUCGAUGACGCGGUGCAACGUGAUUGGCUGGUGAGGGAUCUGCAGGGGCGGAUCCAGGAAGUGUACGGAACACAAGUCCAGGAUCAGGAUGUUCUGCAACCAGAUUACAUCACACGGGUUCUACACCUGCGCAAGGGUCAUAUCUCCUCUGUGUCUGACCUGGUGUCCUCAGAGUAUUCCUACCUUUGGGUUCGACCUUCUUUCUCUGACCAACAGAUGACAACACUCAGCUCAGAGACACAACACAUCGCUUCUCUGGUCAUACGGUUGAUGGAAGGUCUGAAAGGAGGUGAGGAACUGACAGUCGACCAGCUCAGUGUAGAACUGAAGACUCUGGCUAAGAAGACCAGCAACACUAAAUACAGAGACGUUAUGAAGAUUAUACGACUGGCCCUCAGUGGACUACAGCAAGGCCCCAGUGUAGCGGAGAUGAUGGUAUCGUUGGGGCCCAGUGAGAUCACACAUCGCUUCAACAGAGUUCUACAGCAGCACUGAACAUUGUGGCUGCAGGGCACCCUAUUCCCCAUACAGUGCAGGGCACCCUAUUCCCCAUACAGUGCAGGGCACCCUAUUCCCCAUACAGUGCACUACUGUUGUCCAGGACCCUAUGCGGCAAAAUGUUUCGCUACGUUGUGCCAUAAUGAAUAUGACCCUGGUUCAUUAUUCUAACUGGUUAUCUGGUUCUAACACAGCAACACUGAGGACUGGUUAUCUGAUCCUAACAAUAUUCCUGGACUGUAUAUGAUCUCAAUCACACUGGACUUGUAAAGGACAUUCAGUCAAGUUGAACUGGAAAUGUUUGCAAUAAAACAGUUUCUACUAAUGA